AAAAUUCAAACUAAUUUGUACGGUCUCUCUCUCUCUCUCUCUCUGAGUUUCUGACGGUGUCAGAUCUGCGAGAGAGGAGGAUGCGAAUCGCUGAUAGUUAGUUAAUCGGUAAUCGACAGCACAGUAUCGUAACGAGUUAUCUGUCUGCGGUGAGAUAGUUAGAUGGAGGAGACGGCGGUUUACGAGCAGGAGGCUUUAUCUCUCGGCGGUGAUGCACGGGGGAAGCACAGGAUCCUUGCGGAGCUUGGUCGCGUCGAACAAGAAGUCAGAUUCUUAGAGAAAGAGUUGGAAGAGCUUGGGCACACAGAUAUUGUAUCAAACGUGUGUGAGGAGCUGCUUUGUGUCAUCGAGAAAGCACCCGACCCUUUGUUGCCACUAACCAAUGGACCUUUGAACUUAGGAUGGGACCGGUGGUUUGAAGGACCAAAUGGAGGAGAAGGCUGCAGAUGCUUUAUACUUUGACUCAAGAGAGUAAUGCCUAGACGGGGCAGUUUAGUGGUGUCCAGAUAUAUCUUUACAUCGGACCCAAAUUGGUAACCAACAAAAAUGUGCCUGUAGCAGUUUCAACAUAUGUGAUCUCCCCCCAUAGAAAAAGCGUACAGAUAAGCAUUGGAUUGCAUAGAAUGGUGUAGUUACACGUAUGUUACAGUAUAUGUAUAUAUAAUUAUAUUGUAUUGUAUGUAUGAGAUCCGAAUCCGAUUGGAGGUUGAGCUUCUCAUGAGCACUUGUUUCUUUUUCUUUUUUCUAAAUCUCCUUUGUGCGCAGAGAUUGAAAGAAGA